GCGUGGGGAUGGGGGGGUUCAGGGAGCUGGGGAUGGAGUGGGAGUGACUGAGAGAGCGAGGAUGGAGGGGACGGCUGGGGAUUACAAAGGGCUGGAGAGGAUUUCAUCAGCAGCAGCAUUAGUGAUUCUGACCGCAGGCCGUGCGCUGCCAGCAGGGAGCCCGCAAUGCUCCGGCAUCGCAAAGGGGCCCAAAAGACCCCCGGGGAGCUGAUGGCACCCACCCCUCCAUCCAAGCAGCGUUUGUACAGGGAAACCUGUGUGUGUUUGUUUAUUUAUGGAGGGGAGGGGUCUAAAGAUAGCAGUUCCAUCCCAAAAUGAGGUAAUCCACAGGAACAAGAAUCCCUGCGCUGCUUCUCCGCCUGUUACCACUGCUCUCCUGUGGGGCAGCAGCAGUCCCGGCAGCUCGGCGCUGGGCACGGUCUGUGGGCAGCGGGGAGCACCGAGGUGAACAUCCCCGCUUUCCUCUAUGUUCUCUCCUCUCCUCCCAGCCGGCCGGGCUGCAGGAGCAGCGCACGAAAGAGAGACGGCGGGGCGGGUGGGAGAAGGGCGGGCAGCACACAGCCCUUCCGCCGCCGGAGGCGCCGCCUCAGCCGCCCCGGGGCUCCGCCGCGCACCGCCCGCGCCUCGCGCUCUCCCCUCAGGCACAAAAUGGCGGCGGCGCUCAGCGCCUCGUUCCCGCGCGGUGGCGGCGGGGUAGGAACCUUCGCGACGCGGAACUCGCGGACGCGGGGAGCGGUUUCCGGGCCGGCCCCGCCGCCAUGGCCGAGGGCUCGGCGGAGCUGGAGCUGUUCCGCCGGCGAUGGCGGGAGGAGCUGGCGGCGGGCGGCAAGAAGCGGCGGCGGGAGGCGGCGGAGGGGCCCGGCGGGACGGGGAGGGACGGGUCGGGCUGCCUGGCGUUGGCCUGCGGCCUGCUGGACGGCGAGAGCCCGGCCCCGAGCAGCCCUCCGCCCGCCCGGCCCUGCGAGGAGGCCGCGGGGGAGGAGGCCGACGACCUGCUGGGACAGCUCAUCCGCGACCUGAAUGAAAUCAACGAGGUUCCUUUCUUUGAUGUCCAUCUGCCGUAUGAACUGGCAUUGAAGAUAUUUCAGUAUCUGGGAAAGGCUGAACUGGGAAAGUGUGCUCAGGUCAGCAGAACGUGGAAAGUGCUCGCAGAAGAUGAAGUGCUGUGGUACCGGCUGUGCCAACAGGAAGGAUACCUGUUGGAUGUGAGCAUCUCUGAGCGGCCCUGCUGGAAGCUCGCCCUGAAGGACUGCCGUGCCAAAGAGCGUGCUCUGCGAACCAACUGGAAGAACCGCAGUGGUGCUGUGAGUCAGCUGCAAUACGAGCUGGGAAAAAUCCUGUGUGAUGUACAUUCUUGUGAUGGAGUUGUUAUUGCUGGAUACACGUCGGGGGAAGUGAGGUUGUGGGACACGCGCACCUGGGACUACACAGCCCCCAUCCUGGAACCAGUGCAGGGUCCUGGUGAUGCUGGACCUCAGCCACAUGUCUCCUUUGUGAGGAUAAACAGCUCUCUGGCUGUAGCGGCUUACGAGGACGGUACUGUGAGUGUUUGGAGCUUGAUGAUAGGGCGCGAGCCAAUCCAUCGCUACCAGCAUAACCAGAGGAUACACGCUUUAGCUCUGGGUUCCAAGGGUGCAACAGUAGCAACAGCAUCUGGCUUUGAGGUCAAGAUGGAAAGCCCUGAUGACAGGGGAUUCUGGCAAACUACAGGAACAUUCGAAAUCCAGAAAUUGGUGAACUUCCUCCAUCUGGUUCCAGAGGUCUGGGACAGUCCGGUGGCAGUAGCAGCUGCAGAAGAUGUUGUCUAUCUGCUGAAAGUAGAAGACCCUGGGAAAAUCCUUCAUUCUGUCUAUGGUCAGCCUGUCACAUGUCUUGAUGUCUCUGCUCAUGAAGCAGCCUUUGGGGUCAAAGGCUUUGGCUGGAUACUGAAUGAGCCCAACCAGGUUCUUCUUUACAACCUGGAAACGAGUCAGUGUCUAAAGAAGCUAGGCAACUCCAUGGGUGACUUUACAUGCGUCAACCUCCAGGACAGUCCUCCAAACAUGCUCGUUACAGGCAAUAAAGACAGAAGGCAACUACUGCUCAAGCAAUGGAACAGGAGAGUCACAGCCUUUCACAAGAGCACCUUCCUUACAGCUCCCUUCAACUGGGAUGAAUCCGAUGUGCUCCCACUGAGCCCAGCUGUUGAGGCAGGAGAUGGAGGGCAGUGCCAGGGUCAGAGUGUACGACCUCCGCAGGAGCGAAGCGCUGUGCUCCCUGUAUGCCCACCGGCUGGGGGUGUCUGCAGUGCAGAUGGACGACUGGAAGAUCGUCAGCGGGGGAGAAGAUGGGUUGGUGUGUGUGUGGGACCAGCGGAUGGGCACCAAGCUCUGGGAGAUGCAUGCCAGGCAUCCAGUGCGCUAUGUAUGGUUUAAUUCUCAUAGCCUCAUCACUGCCAACAUCCCUGAUGAGAAAACUCCCCGCGGUGCCAGCAUCAUGGACGACGACCUCACUGCACA